AUGCGAGUUGAAGACAUAGUCCACAUCAAUGAUUCUAUGCCUGAAGAAGAGCUUAUGGCAAUCAAGAUCUUGAAAGAGAAUUUUGAUGAGAAAGUCAGGCUGGAGGAAGUUAAGGCUCUGCGUGAUGAGAAUUUGCCAUGGUAUGCUGAUAUAGUGAACUUCAUGGUAUCUAGAGAAUUCCCUAGUAAUUUCGAUGCUUACAAGAGGAAGAAGUUCUUCAAGGAUGCUAGGCACUACUAUUGGGAUGAACCUUACUUGUACAAGAGAGGACCAGAUAGCAUUUACAGGAGAUGCAUAGCUGAAGAAGAUGUACAAGGAGUUCUAGAGCAUUGCCAUGGGUCUGCUUAUGGAGGGCACUUUGCCACAUUCAAAACCGCUACUAAGGUUCUGCAAUCUGGUUUAUGGUGGCCUACUUGUUCAAGGAUGCAGCAAGUUACAUCGCCAAGUGUGAUCCAUGCCAAAGGAAAGGAGGGAUCACCAAGAGGGAUGAAAUGCCACUGA